CGGCCCGCCCCCACACGGCCGUGCUGGCAGCAGCGGCUCUUCAUCUUCCUCUCUUCUUGGCCUCCCUCCGAUCCUCUCUGAUUGUGCAUGCCGUGGUUCCCCCCUCCGCCUGAACAGGGCGCGCCACCGCAUCGUCUGGGAGCCAUGUUGUUCACCAACUUCCUCAAGACGCACCAGCAGCUCCAGAACGACAAGCUCUUGCUGCUUCCCAAGAGGCAGCUGGUCACCUACGCCCUCUACGCGCUCAUCGCUGUCGCGCUCCUCUACCUCUUCGUCGACCCAGCUCCGGCAUCCUCUGCGAAGCCAUCAUCAGUGGCGGCGCCGUGGGUACUGGAGGAGGAGCUGCCGCCGCCAUCUCCACCUCCUCUCUACCAAGCAGAUGAAAGGUCGAGGAGCGCGUCACCUCCGCAAGCGUCGGCGGCGCCGCCAUGCGACUACUCCGACGGCGAGUGGGUGCCGGACCCACGGCCACCGCCCUACAACGGCACGGCCUGCGAGGCCAUAAAGGACGGCCGCAGCUGCAUGGCGAACGGGCGGGCGGACACGGCCUACAUCCACUGGCGGUGGCAGCCGCGGCUGUGCGACCUCCCGGACUUCUUGCCGGAGGCGUUCCUGCGCUGGCUCGGCAACAGGCACAUGGCAUUCGUCGGCGACUCCCUGGCCCGCAACCAGGCCGAGUCGCUCAUGUGCCUGCUCUCGGCCUGGUCCCCGCCGGAGCUCGUGCACCGCGACCCCGAGGGCAGGUUCCGGCGGUGGGUGUUCCACGAGUACAACGCCACCGUGUCCAUCUUCUGGUCGCCGUUCCUGGUGAAGGGCGUCGAGAAGUCGGAGCACGCCGGCGUGCGGUACAACGAGCUGUUCCUGGACGCGUUCGACGAGCGGUGGAUGUCCCAGCUCGGCGGCAUCGACGCGGCCGUGCUGUCCGCGGGCCAGUGGUUCCGGAUCCCCAGCAUCUACCACGAGGGCGGCGGGGUCGUCGGCUGCUACGGCUGCGCGGCGGAGCUCAACCACACCGAGACCAGCUUCUUCGCCGUGUUCAGGGACGUGAUCGGACGGACGCUCACCGAGAUCACCCGGCGGCACGAGCACGGCCGCGGCGGAAACGAGCAGCUGGUGGCGCUGGCCACGUUCUCGCCGUCGCACUUCGAGGGGGAGUGGAACAAGGGCGCCCCGUGCACGAAGAAGCGGCCGUACAAGAAGGGCGAGAAGGAGCUCGGGUACACCGAGACGGAGAUGAGGAAGAUCGUCGUGGAGGCGGCGGCCAACGCCGGCGCUGCGUCAUCGUCCACCCUGCGGUUCGCGGCGCUGGACGUGACGACGCUGGCCAACAUGCGCCCGGACGGCCACCCGGGGCCGUACAUGCGCAAGAACCCGUUCGCCGCCGGGGAGGGCCGGCCGGUGCAGAACGACUGCUUGCACUGGUGCAUGCCCGGGCCGGUGGACACGUUUAACCAGAUACUGCUGCAGACCAUCCUCCGCUGAUCUUGUAGUGUUCAGUUCAUAUCUGCGAUCUGCAUGGGAAAUCGAUGUGGAUGGUAUGUGAAACAUUUAACUUGAUGUAAUUAGUGUGGGGAAGUUUUGUUUUCGAAUUGAAUACAAAUGUAAAACUACUUCUAACUUUUGGAAAGGCAUCUCCUUCGAUAAUAA